AUGAGCACCUCAAGCGGUCACACUACCCGAAUGGUCCUGAUGACAGGAGGUUCCGGGACGUUGGGGACGGAUUUGCGCAAGCACUUUGGCAAAAGGACAAGGCUGCUUGCUGACGUGAAGGUGCUGGCGCCGAGUUCGGUGGAGUUUGAUGUUUCCGACUAUAGCAAGAUGGAAACCUACUUCUUGGAGCAGAGGGCAAGGUACGAACAAAGAGGUUCGCAGGCGGUUUCAUCUUCAUAUCCCGCUCCUGCUACUGAAAUGAUCGCACCAACGGCUUCCGAAAAGACAACAUUCACUACCGACCGCUCUUCACAAGAAGAAAUCAAUGGCGGAGCGCCGCGAGAGGAACACGACACUGAAGCGUCCGCCAGUGGCGCCCCCAGUCCGUCCUCGUCCCCAACGAACAAGAACGUGAAAAUCGAAACCAUCGUCCACCUGGCGGCCUAUGUCUCCACUGUGAACAUGAAGGAUCCCGAAAAAAUCGCGAAGGGAAUCGACACAAACGUGAUCGGGACGGCAAACGUUUGUAAGCUAGCACUGAAAUACGAUCUGCAAGUCGUGUACAUCUCCACGGAUUACGUCUUCGACGGAAAGAAGCCGGGCGGGAUGUACACCGAGACGGACCCCACCUUUCCCUUGAACAACUACGGCUGGAGCAAACUCGGGGGGGAGUGCGUGGUGCAGAUGCUGCCUAGAUUCGUCAUCAUUCGCUGCCCCUUCGGGCCAAACGUAUUUCCCUAUCCCAAGGCCUUUGUGGACCAGUUCACCUCGCGCCAGCCCGUGAAAACCGCUAGCCGGGACGUCGCCAAGAUGCUGGAGCUGAUCUUCGCGGACAAAGUCAAGUACCGGGGCGUGAUUCACAUUGCUGGCGACCGGAAAUCGGUGUAUGAUUACGCGAAGCAGGAUGCUCAGGGUGCCGAAAACGUCGGCAAGCUAGAGCGGAAGGACGUUCCGGAAGUGACCCUGGCGGAGGACUGCUCGCUCGACUGCUCGCUGUUCAAAGACGUGUUGUGGCGUCAGCGCGACGCUUGGAUCAGCGACCCCAGCCCCCGGGACGCGUAA